CGUACCAACUUCAUCUCUCCCUGUCAUCACCACUUCCACUUCCUUUCUCGUCUUCUUCAAACGUUUCUGAACCCAAAUCUUUAAACACAGAUUGGCUGCUUCUCAAGGGUAGUAUUGUUUAUGAUUUCUUGCAAAGUAGGUGGCCAUGGAUGAACAUUUGAGCGGAUUAUACCCGUCCGUGAAUGGAAUCAAGUUUAGUGAAGUCUACGGUUCAAUUUUGUCGGGUGAGAAUCCCAGUAGUGGGUUGGGAUUGCAGGUGCCUUUUUUAGAGCAAAACAAUGUAUUCAUUCCGCCAUUUCAGCCCGAUCCCAGCGGUGGUAAUGUGGCCUCAUGGUCGAGUGUGGGCGUGGAGGAAGAUCCUCAGGAGGACUGUGAUUUUAGUGAUGUGGUUAUUAGGUACGUAAGCCAAUUGCUUAUGGAGGAAGACGUGGAAGAGAAGACCCGCAUGUUUCAGGAAUCUUUGGCUCUUGAAGCCACUGAGAAAUCGUUCUAUGAAGUUAUUGGGAAGGAGUAUCCUGCUUCAAAGGAUCACCACCUGUCUCCUAGCGCGGAGGAAAAUCAUGAAAACCCCACUGCAAAUUAUGGUGUUUAUUCUAGUAGUACUACUAGUUAUGGUAAAUCGGUGGAAACUGGGUGGAAUUUUGAUUAUGAGCAGUACAAAUCCGGUCAGAUUGAUUUUCAGUCCACUUCUCAGUCUUCUUUCAGCUCUUCAAAUAGCCCCAGCAAUAUUGCUUUCCAGUGCACUUCUCACUCUGCUUUCAGCUCAUCAAACAGCCCCAAUACUACCAUAGAUGGUUUUGGGGAUCGUCCAAUGAGUAUCUUUAAGGUCCCCGAUAUAUUUAAUGAUAGCGAGUCGGUUUUGCAUUUCAAAAGGGGGCUUGAGGAAGCAAGUAGAUUCCUUCCAAAUGGUAAUGGUUUGUUUGAUCACAUGGCGAAGGACAAUUCGGGGCUGCUAGUUCAUGGGAUGAACAAAGGCCCCAAUGAAGCGGUAGUUGAGAUGGAGAAGCAUGCUAAUGGGUAUUUCAUGGGUGAGUCGAGGGGUAAGAAGAAUUCUCAUUUGGGGCAUUUGGAUUCUGAGGAAGAAAGGAGUAACAAACAGCCUGCAGUUUGUGAUGAAGUGACAGUAACAUCAGAAAUGUUCGAUCGGGUGUUGCUAUGUGAUGCAGAUAAAGGUGAAGCUGCUCUCCGUGAAUCCUUGCAAAAUGAGGCAAGUAAGACUGUGCAGCAGGAGGGUGGAUUGAAAGGAUCUAAUGGUGGAAGUUCUCGUGGACGGAAAAAGGGUGGUAAAAGGGAUUUGGUGGAUUUGAGAACUCUCUUGACUCUUUGCGCACAAGCUGUUGCAGCUGAUGAUCGGAGGAGCGCAAAUGAGCAACUGAAGCAGAUCAGACAACAUGCUUCUCCUAUGGGUGAUGGGGUGCAGAGAAUGGCUUACUAUUUUGCCAAUGGCCUUGAGGCUCGCUUGGCUGGUUCUGGUACUCAGAUUUACAAAGGCAUCCUUACCAAGCCAUCCGCUGCCAAUGUCUUGAAGGCUUACCAUCUACUUCUUGCUGUUUCCCCAUUUAAGAAGGUCACUAAUUUUGUCUUAAAUAAGACAAUUACAAAGGUAGCAGAGAAAGCAGCCAGACUCCAUAUUAUUGAUUUUGGUAUUUUCUAUGGUUUCCAAUGGCCUUCCUUCAUACAGCGCCUCUCAUCUAGGGCUGGGGGACCUCCCAAGCUUCGGAUUACUGGAAUUGAUCUUCCACAACCAGGCUUCCGACCUGUAGAAAGAGUUGAAGAGACAGGGCGUCGGUUAGCAAAUUACGCCAGGAGUUUUAAUGUUCCAUUUGAGUUCAAUGCCAUAGCGCAAAAAUGGGAAACAAUUCAAAUUGAGGAUCUCAAAAUCAACACUGGGGAGCUUGUUGUCGUGAACUGUCGAUAUAGAUUUAGAAGCCUUCUUGAUGAAAGUGUGGUAGUGGAGAGUCCAAGGAAUAUUGUUCUGAAUCUGAUUAGGAAGAUGAAUCCAGAUAUUUUCAUAGAGGGGAUUGUGAAUGGAGCCUAUGGCGUCCCAUUCUUUAUGACACGAUUCCGAGAGGCUCUCUUCCACUUUUCUGCUUUAUAUGAUAUGCUUGAGACUAAUGUCCCCCGCCAGAGUUAUGAGAGGAGACUGAUUGAGAAAGAAUUGUUUGGGUGGGAGGCUAUGAAUGCUAUUGCAUGUGAAGGCUCUGAGAGAAUUGAGAGACCAGAGACAUACAAGCAGUGGCAGGUUCGUAAUGAGAGGGCUGGGUUCAGGCAGCUCCCUUUGGACCAGGAGAUUGUUAAGAUAGCGAAAAAGAGGGUGAAAUCAUGCUACCACAAAGAUUUUAUGAUUGAUGAAGAUGGGCAAUGGUUGCUACAGGGGUGGAAGGGACGCAUCAUUUAUGCAAUCUCUUCUUGGAAGCCUGCUCAUUAAAUGCAUAUUCUAUCACUUAUGAAUGUAUGCAUUAUGGGAUUCUCCUUGUGGUAGAAUUCCAGCCUUUUGUUCUAUUUGAAUUUGUGACUGAUAUUUGAUAUCUGAAUCUAUGGUUUUGAAUUUUCUCUGGUUAAAGCUCAAA